UAUACACCCAUUCCAAUAUGGCCUAUGAAGGAGCGGGCCGUCAUCAAAACAACAGAAACGGAAUAGCACUUUAGUAGAGUGCUCAGGCCCUCCAUCAUGAACGAUAUAUACCCGAGUCGCAGGCGAGACUCAGAGGGUAUUAUCCAAGUCCUUGUCUGCUUUGUAGGCCGGGUACCAUUGACGAUAAACCAACCCAGCCCCUCUUACUGAGCACAUCUGGCACUUAAUAGCACUAUAGCUACAUUAUAGGUUGCCUUCCAUCACCGACAUAGUCUUCAUCAUGUUCAAGUCCCUCGCAUUGAUCGCUCUGGCAGCAAUCAGCCCCAGCGCAUUAUGUGCCCCUAUCACCAGCAGGGACAUCCCAUUCGGGCAGGUCAUUACCACAUGCACCACCCCCAACACCAUUGCGUUGACCUUCGAUGAUGGCCCAUCAUCAUACACCCCCCAACUGCUCGACCUUCUCAGCGAAUACAAAGUCCGAGCUACCUUUUUCGUCCUCGGCGAAGCCAGUCAGGCAAACCCCCAGAUUAUCCAGCGCAUAAGACAGGAGGGACAUCAAGUUGGCUCCCAUACCUACGACCACACCAGCCUCCCCACACUAAGCUACGACCAAAUCGUCCAAGAAAUGACCAGUCUUGAGUCCGUGCUUCAAAGCUCCAUGGGCAAUAUUCCAACCUACAUGCGUCCCCCUUACUUCGACGUCAAUGACUUGACCCUCCAGGUUAUGAAGGAUCUCGGCUACCAUGUUAUCACAGCCAGUAUUGACACCAAGGACUAUAACCACAACAGCCCUGACCUGAUCAAUCAGAGUUAUGACAAGUUCGUCACUGAGCUCAACAAUGGUGGUAAUCUUUGUUUGGCCCAUGAUACUAAGGAACAGACGGUGGUUACCUUGGCGAAGAUGAUGCUCGAUGAGACGAAGUCGAGGGGUUUGACAGUGACCACUGUUGGUGACUGCCUCGGUGACCCAGAGGCGUCGUGGUACCGUUCCAGCCGAUAGAGGUUUAGGUUUCAUGGCGUGGCUGGUUCGGUCCCUGAGUCGAAUGCGAAUGCGCAUGCGAGUGCUUCCGGUUAUGGCUGGCGAGGAUGGGUUUUGGUAGCUGUGGUGGUGUAUGUUUCUGGGUUGUGGCUAUCGGAGCUCUGUUCUCCAUGCUCAGAGCUUGAUUAUUGGUCCUUGAGUGCUGCUAGUUAGUCCGUGGAGGAUGAAUAGCUUGUCGACGAGAUGAGUUGCAAGAGGCUAAGCUUGGUUUUGAAUGGUUGUGUACUGGUUGUCCGGGUUAUACACGAAGGGUC